AUGGGUCUCAGACCAAUCAGCAGAGGAACGGAUACGGAGGGAACGGCUACCGUUCCCAGGAUCCAGUAUGGAACGAGAAGAACGAUCACCGUUCCUCACGUUCCCAGCAGAAGGGCGAAGAACGAGAACCGUCGGCCUCCGCCCCUCCGGCUGCAGAUCGAUGGAGGAGGUGGGACUGGCAAGUCGUAUAUGGUGAAGGUGAUAUCUUCUCACCUUCAGGCCAAGGCGGCUUCCUAUGGCCGACCCUCCCCCAUCGUUAGAGCAGCUCCGACGAGCGUGGCGAGCAACCAGAUCGGGGGACAGACUUUGCAUUCCCUGCUGCGGCUCCCCGUCGACGGCAAUUACCGCUCGCUCUCCGAGACCCUGACGACCCUCAACGCCUUGCAGCGGCGGUUCGGGGGCAUCCACUACCUCGUGAUUGACGAGAAGAGCAUGCUCGGCCUCAAGACCCUCGCGUGGAUCGACCAGCGCCUACGAGAGGUGUUCCCGGCGAAUCGCGACGAGUUCUUCGGCGGCCUCAGCGUCAUCCUGAUCGGGGACUUCUUCCAGCUUCCCCCUGUUCUGAACAAGCCGCUGUACUCAACGCGCGACGACCUGAAGGAUAUCGAGAUGGUUGGGCGCAACGCGUACCUCUCGUUCGACAAGUCCGUGUUCCUGACCACAAUACAGCGGCAGCAGGGCGAAGACCAGGCUCCUUUCCGGCGGGCCUUGGAAGAACUGCGAAAGGCUGAUGUGUCGACCCAGGUCGUCGAGUACAACCACCAACACAUGCUUGGCCUGGACAGCCCCGCCAUUCAGGUCGAGGCAAAGCACGAGGGUGUUGGUGCGGAGAAGGUUGAAUCCUCAAAUGCGGUCAACUUGGCCAAGCGCUUGCCCUUGUGUUUUGGUUGCAGGGUGAUGCUGACGCGGAAUUUGUGGGCCGACGUCGGGCUCGUCAACGGCGCACAGGGCACAGUUUACGACAUAUCCUGGAAAGAAGGUGCCGACGUGCUGCGAGACCCGCCCGAGGUCAUCAUGGUGGCCUUCGAUGACUACGACGGCCCGGCCUUCACGAUGCCGAACGGGGAGCCGCUCCGUAGUGGAGAGAAGCUGGCUGUUCCCAUCCUCCGAGUGCGGCAGGACUUCAUGGUCGGCGCCAACUCAUGUUCGAGAGAGCAGUUCCUGAUGUUGGUCAGCUAUGCGAUCACCGUCCGCAAGUCACAGGGAAUCACCCUGGACAAGGUCGUCUGCGAUAUCUCUGCGCCAAAGUUUGCUUCUGGUCUCUCCUACGUGGCCGUCUCGCGGGUGAAGACACUCGGCGGGCUGAUGUUUGAGCGGCCCUUCGACCGCAGCAGGAUCUACCGCGAGACACCAUCACGAGCUAUGGGGUUGAAGUUGUCCGAUCACGCUACCAGGCAGCUGCAGGCGUUAGAUGCUGUGGCGGGGGAGGUUCCCUCAGAGUCUAAUUGA